AUGGCUGGUACCGGAAAGACGACCAUCUCCAUGACGAUCGCCCGCGAAUACUAUAGAAAAGGUCGGCUUGGAGCAAGUUUCUUCUUCUCCAGAAGCAGUGGCGAUCUUUCUUCGACGAGAAAGUUUGUGGCGACGAUUGCAAACGAACUUGCAGAGUUGUCACCUGCCUACCGAGAACAUCUCCAGAAUGCCUUGGACUCUUCUCCCACCAUCACUAGCCGCAGUUUGUAUGACCAGUGGGAAAAGCUGAUUCUUGAUCCUCUGCGCUCGACGUCGCUGGAAGAUGAUGUUCAGCCCAUGGUCAUAGUCAUCGAUGCUCUAGAUGAAUGUGACAGUGAAUAUGAUCAGGGAGUGUUGAUUCAGUGCCUUGCAGAAUUGUCAGCACUGGAAAAGAUUCCUUUUCGCAUAUUCAUCACGAGCCGACCGGAGAACACUAUUCAUCUAGGCUUUGAUAGGGUCACAUACAACUCACACCGAGAAUUCACUCUGCAUGACAUUGAGGAAUCAAUUGUGGCAGUAGAUUUGCGACUCUAUUACAGGCAUGAAUUAAACGGCAUGGACAUUGACCAAUCUCUCAUCACCGAGGAAACCAUUGAUAUUCUAGCCAGGAAGCUCGAGAGCCUUCUUGCUUCACACGAUUCACAACUUGAACCGGAGAGAGAGCUAGAUUCGAUUUACACUACCAUCUUGGAAAAUGCCUUUGAAAAGUUUGCUACAUUGCGACCAGGCGAGAUGGAAACUUUCCAGCUGUCCUACCAGAAGGUUGUUGGAUGUAUCGUCAUGAUCUAUGAUAGAAUGUCCCCAACGGACUUUGCCACUAUGGUUGGCGAGCCAGUGGAAAAUACCACUCGACUGCUCAAAUAUCUGAGCUCGGUUCUGGACGUUCCUCAAGAGGCGUCUGGCCAGAUUUACGUGCUUCAUGCGUCGUUUAGAGACUUUCUUUCAGAUCCACAAAGAAGUUCAAGCCUGCAUUUUUCGAUCGAUCAUCGAAAGAUACAUGCGAAUCUACUCCAACGUUGCGUCGACGUCAUGGCUAUCGAGUUGCGGAAGAACAUUUGCAGACUUCGAGAACCUGGGAAGCGAACCAAUGACAUUUCAGCGUCGGAUGUGGAGAGUCACGUUUCUCAAACCCUGCAAUACGCAUGUAAAUAUUGGAUAUAUCAUCUCCAAAAGAGUAACUCCCGUAAAGAUAACCGAACGGGUAUUCGGGGCCUACUGACAGGUAUCAGCCAAAAUGUCGGUAGUAGAGGCAUAAAAGUCACCUAUCAGACACUAACAGCCGUGGUCCAAGAUGCAACACGGUUUCUAUACGCGCACAGUUCCACUAUCGAGGUUGCUCCAUUGCAGUUAUAUAUAUCUGCACUCAUAUUUAGCCCAAGAACAAGCCUCAUCCUGCGCAUCUAUCAGCAUCACAUUCCAAGUUGGGUUCUGUCUAUUCCUUCUUUGUCCGAGUCGUGGAAUCCUAAAUUGCGACGAUUAUACCAUCACGUUUCGGCUCGGAUUAUAGCAUAUUCGCCCGAUGGCAAGCUCAUGGUAUCUGGGCACUGGGACAAAAUAUGCUUGUGGGAUGCGAUAACGGGUGCUCAGCGUCGUAUCCUAACAGGGCACUCCGAAAAGGUCAUCAGCUUCUCAUUCUCCCCAAACAGCAGUCUACUUGUUUCUACAUCUAAAGAUCGGACUAUUCGAUUGUGGAAUGCCAUUACGGGCACAGAAGUUACCAUGUAUCGGAGGAGACAUAAAGUGAGGCAAGUCGCGUUUAUGCCCGAUGGCAAAAGGAUCAUCUUCACUGAGCCUCUAGGCUCUAUCUACUUGUGGGAUAUGAUAGAGAAUAAAGAAGUGUGGGUUUCGCGCCGCACUGGUGACGACAGCUCCAAAGGCUACUGCGAUUUGACAAUAUCCCCUGAUGGCAAACGCAUAGCAUGCGGCGAUGGGAAUCACGAAGAAAGCGUUUGGCUUCUAGACACUGAGAAUGGAAACCCUCUACAUACCGCCAAGUAUUUUGACGAAGCCGUAAGGUCUAUUGACUUUUCACCCGACAGUAAGCUGUUGGCAGUGGCAUUUUACACGGACUUUGAGAUAUGGAAUAUCGCCACAGGAGCAAUACGCCGGAUCUCAACAGAGGCCGUUAUCUACGAGAUCCUUUUCUCGCCAGAUGGAAAGACAAUUGCGAUAGCCGAUCUUGGAGCAAUCCUAAUACUUGAUGUGGCUUCAGGCAAGAAACGGUGCGAGCUGGAAGAUACCGGUAUACCCAGCUCCGGCAUGCCACAGAAGUUGGCGUUUUCGCCUGAUGGAAGCGCCAUUGCUUCAGUUUCAGGGGACAAAGGAGUUACUAUAUGGGAUACCAGAUUUCGCUCAAAGCAUGUGGAAUCCGAGUUGGCCUCCGAAUAUUUUGAAGAAGAUGAAUUGCCCUUCGAGUAUUCUAGUGUUAUCGCAGCGUCGCGGGGUGAUAAGCAGUUGGCCUCUGCUUCUUAUAGUGACGCCAUUCGACUGUGGGAUGGACAAACUGGCGGGAAAAGGGAACUCUACAUACAUAGGCUGCGUCCCUUGGUCGAUAUGCUUUCAAUUACUCGUUGGCUACAGAAACGCAGAGAUGAUUCAUGCGUCGAUAGUCUCGGCCGAAAAGAGAUUAAUAUUUCAUCUAUUACAUUCUCAAUUGAUGGCAAGUUCUUUGCUUGUUUCUGGAAGACAUAGAAGCUU